ACAUGGUGCUCCAGAGGUGCUCCAGGGCUGUGCCGAGGAUAUCGCUGACGCUCUCGUGUCCGAUGGACCUGAAGCUGUACCCGCUGGACAAGCAGACCUGCUCGCUCAAAAUGGCCAGCUAUGCGUGGAAGACAGAUGACCUGAUAUUUGUGUGGAAACAAGGCGAUCCCGUGCAAAUUGACGACGGCCUUCACUUGCCAAGAUUCACGCUGGAAAAAUUCCAGACCGCCUAUUGCAACAGCAAGACAAACACAGGCGAGUACAGCUGCCUGACGGUGGACCUGCUCUUCAAGCGCGAGUUCUCCUACUACCUGAUCCAGAUCUACGUGCCCUGCUGCAUGCUGGUCAUCGUCUCGUGGGUGUCGUUCUGGCUGGACCAGAACGCCGUGCCGGCGCGCGUCUCGCUCGGCGUCACCACCCUGCUCACGAUGGCCACGCAGACGUCCGGCAUCAACGCCUCGCUGCCGCCCGUCUCCUACACCAAGGCCAUCGACGUGUGGACGGGCGUGUGUCUCAUGUUCGUGUUCGGCGCCAUGCUGGAGUUCGCGCUGGUCAACUACGCCAGCCGCUCGGACAUGCACCGCGAGACGCUCAAGCGGGGCCGGCGCCAGGCCGAGAUCGACCACCAGGCCGCGCUCACCGAGCUCGGCGACCACAAUGAUGACGGACAGACCGCCUACGCCAUGAAGCCGCUGGUGCGUCGCGGCGACAGGGGCGGCGGUGGGUUCGACAAGAGCCGCCAGUGUGAGAUUCACAUGCAGGUGGGCGGCGGCCACCAGGGCUGCUGCCGGAGCUGGCUGGCCAAGUUCCCGACACGUUCAAAGCGGAUAGACGUGAUCGCGCGUAUCACGUUCCCUCUCGUCUUCGCUCUUUUCAACCUGAUCUAUUGGACCACCUACAUCUUCCAGGAAGGUGGUCAGAAAAUGUAGAUGCUCACUGGCACAAGAGGUAUGGAGAGCGGAGUGAAAAGGGAACACCACUCGGGCGGGCGUCGCACCUCCGUGCCAACGUUUUCACUUUCACAACAGUAUGCGAUGUAGAUAUAUAUAUAUAUAUAUAUAUAUAUAUAUAUAUAUAUAUAUAUAUCACCUAGCAGUGCGCGCUGGUCCCAAGAGUGUACGGGUUUGUUCGCGUGGUUUAUAUAUGCUUGCCUCCGCCAGUCCCCCGGGGGCUUCCGGAGAGGUGUGUGCGUUUGCGCUUGGACAACCAGUGCUGCUGCUUCCGGGGCGCGGGCAGCACCCCACGAGACCCCACUCAACUGGACAGGAUCGGCCUCUCCUGUCCGGCACGCGGUCGAUGCGUUCACUGUACCCGCAGAAACAUCCAUCGUUCAGCUCUGAGCGGCUGUCAAGGGCUAGAUGAAGCAACAGGGCUCUCUUGGUCAGCUGAACGUCAUGAUUGUGAUACCAGACAAUGUUAUUCGACACUGCGACAAUCGGACAUUUUAUAGCGUGGCAAUUCAACUUGUUCGAGCGUCUGUGCUUGAUAUGUUACCUUCUUUAGUUCGAGAUCGCGCGCGUUUUAUAAUCAUCCGCCCAGAUUGCCCCUCAAAUACGAAGCACGUGACGGUGAAGUAACCUCUAAGUUGGAAUUUAUUUAUCUUAAAUAAGUGUUCAAACCACGCCACCAGUCCCUGGUGUCUACCGGGGCUCUUGUAUCGACGUGGAAUGUGCGUCCUGUGUAUGGAAUGCUUCGUUGACCAUCUCGCGAAUUUCUCGUCCUGUGAAUCGUUCUCAUAACGAUGUGUACGUGUCCGUAAGUGCGUGUCACGCUGCUCAGUCAACAGCAUCUCACCACAAUAACUGCGCUCAGUCACGACCAGCGCCGUCACAGCGUGCUCAUCGAAGGUGUGUCCGCUGUCUUUCCGUCGACGGGGCGAGCGCGGACCGUCGCUGCGCGCCGCCGCUGAGCUCGGCUCGCGAGUGGCGGCAGUGCUCACCUGGCACCGGUGCUCAGCUGGGCGGCGUGUGUGGCGAGCUCGGAGCGUGACCGGAAGGGACCGCAGGGGCGUGGCGUGCGUGCGGGCCGUGUCACGUGUCGCUGGUGCGUGGACGCUGCUCGCCCGUGGCCAUUUGUGUCACUGUGUCAUGGGGCGACUUUCUGCUGGUAGGCGGCGGUUGGAGCUCUCCGCGCUGCUCGCAAAACACGUGGCUGUUUUUCGUUGUGUUUCGACGUGCUUAGCGACGGUCUGCCGGCGUCCACACACUGAUAGCGGGCACACGCUUCAGAGAACCGCGAGCGGGCACGGACCAAUCCUCACCUGUGCAGCCGCGGGAGCGAACAGAGCGCGUGAGCUUGUUUGCGGUGCUUGCUCCUUACCACAGCACUGCUACGGAGGACUGUAGCACCAGCCUUGGUGCGGGCGGUAUAAACUAGCUUAAAUAUUCAUUCGCCGCUCCCUCGAGUCGUUUGUCCUCGACGCGUGUUCCGCAAACCCGGUUCCCUGGUGGAAAGCUCACUUCUGUCGAGGGGCCGAGGCGAUGGCGAGGCGGUGGCGAGACCCGCGCAGGUUAACAACGCACAUGAUCGUACCAGCCAGCCGUCAGACAUGGCGCACCGGCGCACACGCACACAGCGCACACCACUCAUCGUUUGCGUCAGAUGUCAUUCCCGUGCUGUCGGCGGCGGGAGCAGACGUCGACAGCCGACGUCACGACUAAGGAUUCAUGGACCCUGCUGUUGGUAGCUGUUAGUCUGCGUUGUUUUAAUAUAACCAUUCCGAAAAA